UUUUGGGGUGGCCCCCCUUGUCUGAAUUGCAGGAGUCUCUGUCUGGGCCGUUGUGCAGCUCUUGGAGUCCCCUGCAGCAAGGCAAGAAACCAGAGAGAAGAGUGAUAAAUAGACCAUGGAAACACACUGAACAUGGACACCCUGCAAGGGAGAUCAGAGGGAAAAUGAUACCAAAAGAAAUCACUCUGGGGCCCAGCCAGCAGCCUGGCUAGGGCACUGGCUGGACAGAAUUAAAAACUUGCCGAAGCUGCUCUGCAUUCCUGCUUUUCUAUGUGCUUUGCACUGUGCUGGCCUGCCUGUGCCAGUCCUGCUCCACCACUGGGCCUCCCAGGAGGUCCCACCAGAGUCUUGGCUUGGGGUGAAUCAUUCUCACUCAUCGCUGUCUUAUAAGCCCUACUAGACUACUGAAGAAACCAGACUGGCUUGUAUCCAAGUAAUUGUUCUCCAGCUGAAGGAUCAGACACUGCCAGAAUUUCUUAUCCUGUGUCAGGAGAACAGACUUGGGAUCAUACCUUAAAUCUUGCUGCAUGGUACCUCAUCACCUCAGCAGCUGGGUCUAUUCCUGCAUCUCAGUCCGUCACACUCUCUGAACUUCUCAGUCACCUUUUUCCCCGCUUCCUUAACCUUUCUCAACCCUUCCGUAGCCUGGGGGAAAUCUGGAGGAUCUGGUGGGCUUCCUGUUGCUGUUUAUGCUGGAUUGUGGUGGAGGAAGGUAGCCCCUUGUUAUGCCAGGAUGCCCAGAGCUUGCUGCAUGCACUGAGCUGCAAACAGGACUCAGCAGGGAAGCUAUGAAGCUCCUGCAGCCCCUGGAUGGGGGGCCCUGGGCAAAGAAGGAGUUUUGGGGCACUGUCACCUAGUAUCUAGAACAGAUGCUGGGCUGGCAUGAACUCAGAUCUUUUGCUUUACUGCAGGCCCAACGGCGGUUGUGUGAGAUGCUGCCAAGUGCUGGUGUCUAUUACUUCCCAUGGGAGAUCAACAGCUCAGUCCCAGAGGGGGAGGUGCUGAGGACGUUUGGCAAGUUAUGCUGCUACAACCUGGCCAGGUCCGAAGCUGUUCUCACUGCUCAGCACAGCUCAGCUCAGUACCGGGUCUGUGUCGACACCAAGUUUGUGGAGCCAUUCCAAGCCCAGCUGGGAUCUUGCUACAUGGUCCUGGGAGAGGCUGAACACAGGGAAGGUGAGGGCCCUGUGGUAAAGGCACGAAUAUUGACGUGUGUGGAAGGGAUGAAUGUGCCCUUGCUGGAACAAGCCAUACAGGAGCAGAGGAAAUACUUCAACGAGAGGCAGGAGUGGAUGAGAAGCAGCACGUCCUGACAGUAGCUCUGAGACCCGCCAUACGCUGGUCCUUGCACUGCUAUUUGGAAAAAAUGUUAAAAGUAAAUUUAGAAGGUGGGUUUGCAAUAUACUGCUUUUUGCCAUGGUAAAUAGCAAAGUCAAGUCACUAGGCAAGGAAACACUUGAAGGCUGUGGGUCGGUAUGUGACUGUGGGUUGGUAUGUGACUGUGGGUUGUCCAUUCAUGCCAGCUGUCAUCACUGAAAAUAGCUCUGGGAAGCAGGUUUGUUGUUUGUUUAAAAUGGUGCUUAAGCAGCGGUAGCGCUUGAGUUAUACUGGUCCUUUUGUAAUUCAAGGCUCGGAGACAUCAGAAAAAAGAGAAGUCUGAAUCUUGAGUUAAGCAACUCACCCCUGCAUGCACGGCCAAAGCGCAGCAGGUUACCGCGCUGUUGGCAGAUCGGAGGUAAAGGGCAUUAGUGCAAAGUUCGUUAGCCCUGUGUGGGUGCGGGUCCAUGAGUGCAUGCAUUUGGUUACCGUGAGUCAGCUGUCACACAGGAGCGUUCCUGGCAAAACACUCAUAUCUGGGCUGACCAACGAAGAAACAAGAACAAAGAGUUACUAUCUUUAGUAGCACCUUCCUCUUCAGGUUUUCAGGACCUGGUGUCCAAGGCAGGGGAUUGACUUUAGCUCUAAAAUAGAUGUUUGCAGUGCCCUGAGAACAACCACUUGACUUUCUUCCUUGAUACAACUAAGCUUAGGAGACCUUAAGUCACUAUUUUUUUUAAGCGUCUAAAGAUUUUGAUUGAUAUUUUCCUAAAUAAAGAUGAAAAGAGAUGGCA